AUGUCCGCCGACUCUUUCGCUGUUCUGCGCAAGAACGCGGGCGAGGACAUCAGCAAGCUCGCGGAAGAACACUUUAAGCAUGACCUGCAAGACUCCGACCGAGAUAAUCUGAAGACCGCUGCCAGUAAGAUGGGAACACAUGCAACCGUUGGGUCGCUCCUCGGCUUGGGUCUAGGCCUCUUCCUUGCCUUCCGGAUCAGGCGCAGCAGGACCCAGAUGUUUAGUGCCUUUCGUACGGCGGAAAAGCCUAUGCAUGUGAAGUUUGCUGAUGGCAGAGAAGAAGCUAUUCCGGACAUUACUCCUCUCCUAAAGCCAACAACUCUUGGCGACAUUGCCACCUACUUCUUCUUUAGUGCCGGAGGUCUCUUCUUGGGUGGUGAAACCGGCCUGCUCACUGGCAGUGCCUCGGCAAGCCGGACUAUAACCAGGGAUCCGGAAAGUAGGGCGAGGAUCGAGGCGGCUUUCAGGAAGUUCAGGGCAGAUGUUUUGAGGAAGGAAGCAGAUGACCUGGAUGGUGGCAAGGGCGUUGCUGGUGUGCUUGGGUUCUGA